UAUUUCUAGUUAGUAUAUGCGAGUAUUGUAAGCUAACGGGUAUCAAAACAUAUGAUGAUGAAGUGACAAUUUCAUGAUCAUUGUAUUAGGUUUAUAAAGUUAAAGAAAACGAUUAAUAAGUAAUGCGGUAACGUAAAUAAAAAGAAAAACAUUGUUUUAAAUAAUAAAAACGAUAUUUUUACUUCGCUAAUAAAUAAGAAUAAGUUUGUGAUAAAUUAGUGGGAAAUGUCAAACGGCGCAUAUAAAUAUUUAUUAACAGCGCAUAUGAACAUAAGAUAUAUGAAAAUCCUUUGAGUCUAUCUAUAUUAUAAGUUAUUUUAUUAACAUUUAAAUUAUAUUAUCUAUAGAAUAGAAAUAUAUAAGAACAAUUCUUCUUGUUACAAUGUCACAACCCGAUGUUGCUACUGCUCCAGUACCUAAUAAUCAAAAUGGCACAGUUUCGCAUAAUAAUCGUACUCUCACUGGUGUUAGUGGACCAGUUAUAAAUAAUAAUAAUAUGAAUACUGCGAGAAAUAAUAAUAAUCAAAAUCCGUUAUUUAAUGUGCGAGAUAGAUUAUUUCAUGCAGUUUUUAUCAAGGUUGCAUUAGCUUAUGCAAAAACAUUUCCACGACCUGUUAGAAGAUUCAUAGAGUUCAUAGUUUUGUUCAAAGCAAUAUUGGCUUUUUUUGUACUCACUUAUAUUCACAUAGUCUUUUCACGAGCACCUAUAAAUUGUUUAGAACAUAUAAAAGAUGAUUGGCCACGAGAAGGUAUAUUAAGGGUAGAGAUUCUUAGAAAUAAGGGCGAAGAUUAUAGUAUAGAAAAAAGUUAUGCUAAAGAAGAGAAAUUACGACAAGAAAAGAAUGAUAUUGGGAUACUUUUGCAAGAUGGUCUUAUCAAUAUCGAGCCAUCUUCUGUCGACGAGGGACGAGACACCAUUCACCUGUCUACCGAAAAUAAUUACGAAAAUGUUACUUUACCUGUUAACAACGUGGAUAUAACCAGUACAACAAUUUUUGGAGAAACGCAGUAUCCAAACUUAAGUACAACUAAUGCAACGAGAAGUCCUUCAUUAACUGGAUCUGAUAUAAUUGGAGAAAGAUUAGAGGGCAAUGCAACGAAGCUGGAAGAAUAUGAUAAAGAUAAGGAGAUUCACUCUUCUAAAGAACAUACUACAGAUUCUGAGAAGACAUCAAGACCAAUUCUUCCAGAGGAUGGAUACAUCGUGGAAUAUUCAUUGGAGUAUGGUUACCUGAGAUUACCUCCUGAAAAACGAGAACAAUUAAAUAUAUCGGUGAAAAUUGUCACGUUGGAUCCAUUAAAUGAUAAAUGUUUUGGAGAUGCGUUUUCAAGAUUAAUACUAGACGAAUUCUUAGGUUACGAUGAUCUGCUAAUGGCAAGUAUUAAGACAUUGGCAGAGCACGAAGAUAAUAAAGGUUUUUUGAGAAAUGUUGUAACCGGUGAACAUUAUCGUUUUGUCAGCAUGUGGAUGGCCAAGACGUCGUAUCUUGCUGCAUUUUUCAUUAUGCUAGUGUUCACUGUCUCGAUAUCGAUGUUGCUGCGUUAUUCUCAUCAUCAGAUCUUCAUUUUUAUCGUGGAUCUCUUACAAAUGUUGGAAUUCAACAUGCCAGUGUCGUUUCCAGCUGCAUCCCUUUUAACGGUUAUCCUGGCAUUGGUCGGUAUGGAAGCAAUCAUGUCGGAGUUCUUUAAUGAUACCACAACUGCAUUUUACAUCAUAUUGAUAGUUUGGAUCGCCGAUCAGUACGAUGCCAUAUGUUGCCACACACCUGUAACGAAAAGACAUUGGUUAAGGUUCUUCUACUUGUAUCAUUUCUCUUUCUACGCUUAUCACUAUCGUUUCAAUGGACAGUACAGCAGUCUUGCAUUGGUGACAUCUUGUUUGUUUAUACAGCACUCGAUGUUAUACUUCUUUCAUCAUUACGAAUUACCGGUGAUACUACAACAGGCUCAAUUGCAACAAUUAUUGUUACGUAAUUCAGCACAACCAGCUACAACUCAACCACCUACACCUAGUACGACAGCAACGACUCCAGGAACGUCGGCUACAACGACACCAUUAUCUGGUUCAAAUCCUUGGACACCGAUGAAUGAACAAACCCAACAGAAUUAUAUCACCGAGUUAUCCCAAUUAGAUUCUGAUCCUAACAACACCGAAGUAAUUGUUGAACAAAUAUCUUCGUCGUCUGUUGAAUCAUCUACGAACGAUCAAAGUCAAACUAUGCGUUUAGAUGACAACCCGAGGAUCGAUGACACAAACGAGGAAACAACUCUCGGGGAAAUGUUAUCCCAAGAAAUUGGAUUGACGGAAACUGCAGAUUGUUUUUCGUCAACUGACACAUCAACGUCCGAAGGUUUCGAGGUGAUUGAUGCUACCGAAGCUGCUGGUAGAAAAGAAUCAAUUACGAUGACGACAACGAUGACGACAACGAUGACGACAACGAUGACUACAGCACCAUUAACUACAACUACAAUGACUACAACAACAAUAACAGCAGCAGCAGAAGUAACAGCAACUGUAGCAGAAACAGUAGCAGCUACAGUAGAAGCAGCAUUAGAAACAACAACAGAAACAACAUUGACGACGAUAACAACGUUGUUGUCUACAUCACCAUCAUCAUCACCAUCCUCAUCCUCAUCUUCAUCUUCAUAUUCAUCAGCAUCAUCAGGAUCAACAAUAACAGCUGAAGUGGAAGAAGAUCAUUAGUUGAUUUAUUAUAAUAAUAAUAAUAAUAACAAUAAUAAUAAUAAUAAUAAUAAUAAUAAUAAUAAUAAUAAUAAUAAUACAGGAGAGUGGUGUUGUAAACAUUGUUCGACGUUUAUUUUAUGAUUUUUUUUUUUUUUUUUUAAAUUAGAAUUUGAUUUACGAGAGUAAACAGAAACGCAGUUUUGAUUUACUUUCAAAUUAUUACGAUUUAUUUAGGAUAUGUUAAAAAUAAAUGAGAACGUUAAAUAUGGCGUCUUUGAGGAUGAGAUAAAAAAUCGAAGAAGAAGAAGAAGAAGAAGAAGAAGAAAAA